GUCAAAAGGCGGAAAUGACUUCAAACAUGGUUUUUCACAUCGGGUUCUAUGUAAAUCAAUGAGCUUCCUAAUGUUAAGAAAACACCGGGCGUUUUUAGGUUUAAAGUGAAUUUAUUGGAUCUCCUUCUUCCAGGACCUAAACAAUGAGUACACAAUAUAGCAUUCUGUUCAAGCAAGAACAUGCACACGAUGAUGCCAUCUGGACAGCAGCGUGGGGAAAAAGUGAAGCGGACGGCUCCGAGACCAUCAUCACCGGUUCUCUUGAUGAUAUGGUGAAGGUGUGGAAAUGGUCGGAUGAGAAGCUGGAGCUGCAGUGGACUCUGGAGGGCCACCAGCUGGGUGUGGUCUCGGUGGACAUCAGUCGUAACGGAGCCAUCGCCGCCUCCAGCUCCCUCGAUGCACACAUCCGCCUCUGGGACCUGGAGUCGGGAAAACAGAUCAAGUCCAUGGACGCAGGACCGGUUGAUGCGUGGUCGGUCGCCUUCUCACCGGACUCCAAACACAUCGCCACAGGAAGCCAUCACGGUAAAGUCAACAUCUUCGGUGUGGAAAGUGGGAAGAAGGAAUACUCCCUGGACACGCGAGCAAAAUUCAUCCUGAGCAUAGCUUAUAGUCCUGAUGGGAAGUAUCUGGCCAGCGGAGCUAUCGAUGGAAUCAUCAACAUCUUCGACAUCGCCACCGGGAAGCUGCUCCACACACUCGAAGGUCACGCCAUGCCCAUCAGAUCCCUCACCUUCUCUCCAGACUCCCAGCUGCUGGUCACAGCCUCCGACGACGGCUACAUCAAAAUAUACGACGUGCAACACGCCAACCUGGCCGGCACGCUGAGCGGACACGGAUCCUGGGUUCUUAAUGUCGCCUUCUCCCCCAACGACACCCACUUCGUCUCCAGCUCAUCUGACAAAAGUGUGAAGGUUUGGGACGCCAGCUCCAGAACUUGCAUCAACACUUUCUUCGACCAUCAGGACCAGGUGUGGAGCGUAAAGUACAACAGCAACGGCUCCAAGAUCGUCUCUGCUGGCGACGACCGCGCCAUCCACAUCUACGACUGCCCGUCGUGAUGAAAAGCGGCGUGCACGAGGACCACAUGCCCGCAGAGGUCCACUCAAACUUAUGUAAAUGUUUUUUUGUUUUUGUUUUUUUUGCA